AUGUCUACUGCAUUCAGCGACUACUCUUCUAACACUCCGCUCUCUUCCAUCUUAUCCUGCUCGGAUGUUGUCUCCAACAAUCGAAACGACAUAGGCUCUUGCAUUCCUUCACCGGAGGAUUAUCCCGACGACCAUUCGGAUGACUAUGCAGAAACAAGCCAAACCAGAUUGAUUUCAGAUUAUCCCCCUAGAACCGUGGCUGAAUCAGGCCCUUCUGGGUCGGCCGAUCCGCUGCACGUUAAUAUGCCCGAUUUGAUGGAUCUAGAACAAGCCUACGGGCGCGAGUCUUUCAAUUCUCGUUCGAGAACACCUAGUGUUCGAGGAGACAAGAGCCCAAGUCUGGCUAAUCCGAGAAAAUGCAAAAACCAAGAACGUCCAAUACCUUCGACCAGAAAACGAGAAAGUACUUACAACGAGCGCUACCCGUCUGUCGCAGUGGUUAUUCCUCCGCCACGGCCAAGACCUGUACGGAGUCUACGGUCAAGGCCAAAACCUGUUGUGUUAGAUGCAUCUGAGAGCGAAAGAGAGGACGUCGAUGAUUCCUUAGACGAAGACUUCAUGACCGAUACGAUCCAAUCAGAACUCCCACACGUUGAGGACUCCGUGGAGGAGAAAAACGGUUCUCUAAGUACGACCGCUUCCUGCUAUCCAAAUCACAUGUCCUUUGGUUCAUCGUCCAGGCAUUGCUGCGAGAGCCGCGAUAUUGUUGGGCGGGCAAUUCUCACUAUUGAGACCCAGGGAUCGGAGCCCACUUUCUUCUUCACUCUUGUGCCCGACAACGUCUGCUCGACAUCAUAUGUUGCCGCGCACAGUCCUCCCCAUAACUCCGAGAAAGCA